GUCGUUUUGCAGCAUCCAACAUGUCCACCCACCAUCCCCCCCUCCACACCCGCGGCACACCCUCCCUCUCCGAACCGUGCCUCGAGCAAGAGCGAACAGCCACCCUCCUCGCCCUAUUCGCAGGUUUCGGCGCAGCCGACCAGUGGUACGCGCAUCACUGGAUACUGGCUGUGUUGAAGAGCCAGGUGAUUAUCUUCAUCGGACUCGUAUGCUUGGGGCUUUGGCGCAAUGGGAAAGCUUUUCAGGUGUGCGGAGUCACGCUUCUUUCGUGGCUUAUAAGGGGAUUGAUCGCACUGGCGGGGUGGUGGGCGAUGGAUUUGGCGUUUUGGGUUGCGGGUGGGAUUUAUGGAACGCCGGGGUGUCCGGUUGGGGAUGAUGCGAAUUAAGGAAGUACGCGGGGGGGAGAAGGAACCUGGUGGGAAAUGGUAAAGUUGACUUUUCCAGAGAAGAAUUGGACAGUUGGUUCAGGGAGUCAGUAGUAGGUCAGGCAGGCCAUCAAAAAUGCAACACCCCAGGGUGUUGUUGGUUGU